AUGACUUUUCAAUUUAAUUUCACUAUAGAAGACCAUCUGGAAGAUGAAUUAACAUCUCUUGCAGAUGGAGCUUUAGCCCUACAUUCCUCAAAAGAGUCUUCAAUCUCAGAAAGACAAAAAGGUACACAUAGAGACAAAAAAUGUUCCACAGAACAAUCUGACUUGCUGCAGGACCAUUUGUGGGAACAUAAGUCAGAGGGAAAUGAGGCUCCCUCUCAAGAUCCAGACAGCUCAUUCAGUGCAGCUAACAGUUCAAGUAACUUGGAACCACACGAGGAAAAGACCUGCUUGAGAGUUGCCAAAGAGCAUGCUAUGCCUAAAGAUUUAAAGAAAGUGUUAGAAAAUAAAGUCACAGAAACAUUACCAGGUCUCCAACACAUUAACAUAUCAAUAAUGAAAACCACCUUGUUGAAAGAGAACUUCCCUGGAGAAAACAUCAUUUCAAAAAGCUUUUCUUCUCACUCUGACCUGAUUUCAGGUGUUUAUGAAGGAGGCUUGAAAAUCUGGGAGUGUACCUUUGACCUCCUGGCAUAUUUGACAAAGGCCAAAGUGAAAUUUGCUGGGAAAAAAGUGUUGGAUCUUGGUUGUGGAUCAGGGUUGCUGGGUAUAAUGGCACUCAAGGGAGGUGCCAAAGAAAUUCAUUUUCAAGAUUAUAACAGUGUGGUGAUUGAUGAAGUAACCUUACCUAAUGUAGUGGCUAACUCCACUUUGGAAGAUGAAGAAAAUGAUGUAAAUGAACCAGAUGUGAAAAGACUCAGGAGAUCAGCAGUAGCACAAGAGCAAUGUAAAUGCCGCUUCUUUUCAGGGGAGUGGUCUGAGUUUUGUAAGCUUGUACUGAGCAGUGAAAAACUCUUUGAAAAAUAUGAUCUCAUUCUUACCUCAGAAACGAUCUACAAUCCAGAUUAUUAUGGUCCUCUGCACCAAACAUUCCUUAGAUUGUUAGAUAAAAAUGGACGGGUGCUUUUGGCCAGCAAAGUACAUUAUUUUGGUGUGGGUGGAGGUACUCAUCUCUUCCAGAAGUUUGUAGAAGAAAGGAAUGUAUUUGAGACUAGAACACUUGAAAUAAUUGAUGAAGGACUAAAGAGAUGCCUAAUUGAAAUGACUUUUAAGUACCCUAGUUAA